AUGGGUGCGCCUUUACCGAAAAGUAAAACCUCAAAAUGUUCGUGCGUUCCAUUCGAGCGAAAACAAGAGGGAGUCUCGUUCGAAGGAGUGAUUCUUUCAAACGCGCAGUUCGAGUGCACGAUCUACGCCUUUGGCGCGCACGUGGCGAGCUGGAGAUCGCUCUCGGACUUGGAAGUGUUUAAAACGAAACCGGAGUUUUUAUUCGUAUCAAAGAAAGCAAUUUUAGACGGAACGAAACCGAUUCGAGGAGGGAUUCCGAUAUGUUUUCCGCAGUUUGGGAAGCUCGGAGAGUGCACGAACCAACACGGGUUCGCUCGGAAUGCGACGUGGGAAUUCGUUGGAUCCGAAGUGGAUGAAGAAAAAGUGUUGGCCAAAGCGACGUUUACUUUAUCCAGCACGGAAAAGACUAUGAAAGAGUUUCCGUAUAAGUUUAAGUUAAACUAUACCGUGUCUAUUGAGAAAGAGUUUUUAAACACAAAGUUAGAGGUUAUAAACGAAGACGAGAAGGCGUUUGAGUUUACGACGGCGUUGCACACGUAUUUCGGCGCGAAAAGUAUUACCGAUAUCGCCGUGAAAGGAUUAAACGGGGUGAGAUAUACGGAUUCGUUAGAAGACGGAAAGAAGUGCGUGGAAGGUGAGGAAGAGAUUAGGUUUGAUAAGGAAGUCGAUAGGAUUUACCGAAGGAACGUAGCUUUGGUAGAUAAGGAAAGGUUGGAGAUUAUCGAUCGAGUGUGGGAGGACAAAGGCGUGUUGUCGCAACACACGAGAGGGGUGGCGAUGACCACGAAGAAUUUAAACGACGCGGUGGUGUGGAAUCCAUGGAUUGAUAAGGCGAAGAGUAUGGGCGAUUUCGGGGACGAGGAGUAUAAGGAAAUGGUGUGCGUGGAAGCGGCGGCGAUUGAUGAGCCAGUGAAGGUGAAACCCGGAGCGUCGUGGAUUGGAGAGCAAACGUUGGAAGCGGUGAUUAAUUUGGCGCACUUUUCCGUUUGA